AUGCGCUUCCUCACUGCUGUCACCAGCUUCCUAUCCGUAGCUGCGGCUGCAACCACUGACAUCGCCAAGCGUGCCGUGACACCUGGCGCUCUCUCCCAGGUCACCUCCUUUGGUGCUGCGCCCACCAAGGCUGGCUUCUACAUCUACGUGCCUAAGAAGCUUGCGGCGUCGCCAGGAGUUAUUGUCGCUAUCCACUACUGCACUGGUACCGCACAGGCAUACUACACCGGUAGCCCUUACGCCAAGUUGUCUGAGCAGUAUGGCUUCAUUGUCAUCUACCCAGAGUCCCCUCACGAGGGCAAGUGCUGGGAUGUCAGCAGCAAGGCCACUCUGAGCCACGAGGGAGGAGGAGACAGCAACACCAUUGCCAACAUGGUCAAGUGGACAGUCAAGCAGUACAAGGCCGACUCGUCCAAGGUCUUCGUUACCGGUUCCAGCAGUGGCGCCAUGAUGACCAACGUCAUGGCCGCUACCUACCCUGACAUCUUCAAGGCCGCCAUCCCCUACUCCGGUGUCGCUGCCGGUUGCUUCGCCUCCGCCGCCAACGGAGUCGACGCCUGGAACAGCACCUGCGCCCAGGGUAACUCCAUCGCCACUCCCCAAGCCUGGGCCACCGUGGUCAAGAACAUGUACCCCAGCUACACUGGUGCCCGCCCCAAGAUGCAGGUCUACCACGGCAGCGCCGACACCACUCUGCGCCCCCAGAACUACCAGGAGACCAUGAAGGAAUGGGCUGGCGUUUUCGGCUACAACUACGACAAGCCCCAGAGCACCAAGGCCAACGACCCCCAGAGCGGAUACACCAGGACCGUCUACGGUCCCAACGUCGAGGGUAUCUACGCUGCUGGUGUCGGCCACACCGUUCCCAUUCGGGGUGCCGACGACAUGAAGUUCUUCGGCUUUGCUUAG